AUGUCUCCAUUGAAGGAGAUCAACAACAGCUAUAGGGAUGAAGGACCCAAGCUUCGAGAGGAGAAACAUUUCACAGAUUUCUAUGUCAAUCUCGACCAACAAGAGCUGUUACCGGUAAUUGUACCAAGCGAGAAAGACCAAUUGGACGAAGUUGAGAACCACCCAGGUGACCUUAUAAAGGGUCAGAUUUCACUGGUGGAUAAAGACAAUGAAACCCGCAGAAAUAGUCCAAAAACGCACAUAAAACAAGUAAUCUUCAAGGACAAAGUGACAGUGGAACCAAUUGCACUUGACAGAAGUCAGGUCAAAUUCAAAAAAUGCAAAUUGAGCAUAGGAAGCUUAGUGCAUAGUCCGCGGGUCCCUAGAGCAUACCAGAAAUUUGGAUAUUUGACAGCAUCUCCCAUAAACAAUUUUGACGAGAAUCUGACACCUUACAUCAAGAGAACCGACAAUUCUGCCACGCUACAUCCCAAUCCUUUAAAAAAUAUAUCCCGAUACCAGUCAAAUUUCAAGGUAGAAUAUGACAUGGAUGAACAGGAUGACCUCUAUAUAAGGUAUCUCAAUGAGAUUCGCAUAUCUGAUCCACAUAACUACCUGUCCCAUGAGAUUUUUGAAAUUGUUAUGAGUGUGCUGGAAACGGAAUGGUUCCAUCUGGAGAAAAAAAUACCGCCUAGGAUUUCUACCACUUCUGAGAUUUCUACGCGAGAAACGAGAGCCGCUUGGGCCCAUUACGAGAGCUAUGGAUCUGAUGAUGGGACUGGCUACAUUGUUGACCAGCCCUGUGCAGUUUGCGGGUUAAGUGAGUGCGACAACUCUAACGCUAUUGUAUUCUGUGAUGGAUGUGACGUCGCAGUCCACCAAGAGUGCUAUGGAGUCGUGUUCAUUCCCGAGGGCCAAUGGCUAUGCCGUAGAUGCAUGAUAUCUCGAAAUAGAAAAAUCAAUUGUCUAUUCUGCCCGAGCCACACCGGUGCCUUCAAACAGACAGACCGUGGUUCUUGGGGCCAUGUAGUAUGCGGACUUUGGAUUCCAGAACUAUUUUUUGUCAAUUCACAUUACAUGGAGCCCAUAGAUGGCAUUGAAUUGAUACCGCGAUCGAGAUGGAAACUUACAUGUUAUAUCUGCAAGCAGAAAGUCGGAGCAUGUAUACAAUGCUCGAACAAGAACUGCUUCGCCGCAUUUCAUGUGACGUGCGCCAAGAGGGCCGGUCUUUACUUGGACUUUGGUUCUUGUUCAAUAGCAGAGGUCUCGUCUAAUGCACCUGGACUCAGACUACAAAGUUUCUGCGAUAGGCACUCUCCUCCGGACUGGCCGGAGUGUAAAGAGGGCAUCAUGAAGACCAGAAACUACUUUGCAGCGGCUGACAGCAGUUCAGAGACCGAAGACGUAGUUUCGGUCAAGAAGAGAAAUAAGUCUAAUUUUAAAACCAAGGGCAAAUGGACAACGAAUCGUGGAACUCCGAUUGCCCCUCAAAUGUUUGCACGGCUGGCGCAAGAAGUGCUGGAUGUCUUUAAAGUCGAAAAUAGUUCAAGUUUGUCCGCGGACCUAUGCAAAUACUGGUCUAUGAAGCGAGAGUUAAAGCGAGGUGCACCACUGGUAAGGAAAUUCGACGCCUCAUCGUUUAGUUCUUUCACGGUGGAUGAAAUGAAACAACGCGUUGAAUUUGCCAAUCUUCUAUCAAAUGAUGUUGAAAAGCUGCAAGAAAUGGCUAGUCUUGUGGUCGAAAGACAAACGGUGCUACAACUACGUGACAGUACGAUCCGAAAGGCCAAAAGUAUCUAUACUCACCCAGAGAAAAUUGUUGUGCGAGAAAGUAUCUUAAAAAGGAUGAACAAUUAUUCCUCCUACAGGACCUUGAUGCAAGAAAAGAAGACGCGCGAUGCAUUAAACAGUCAGCUGCAGAUAUUUUUUGAUUCUGAAAAUGAUGAGUGUAUUAAACUUUUCAGAGAGCUCAUGGACGCUUAUUUCAACGAAAUUGAAUCCGAUGAAAAGGCCAGUCGCAGAAUAAAAUCUGAAGCUAAAAAGUUACAGAUUCACGUUCACACGCUACUUGAAUCUGGGGUGGACACGUCUCAAAUCCAGCGAUGGUUGGCCAAGGAUUUCUCAAUCACUGAUAGUGGCAUAGAGCAUGCUCCAUGGCAAGGAAUCCCUCUUAUGGAAGAACAAGAACUCGACCAAACCGAACCGCUAUCGGAGACAGAAAACAAGACGUUAUGGAAGGCUUUAUCGUGA